AUGAAGGGGGGUACGAUUAUUGAAAUUGUUGAUGACUCUUCAAGAAGCUGUUCAUCCAGUACAGAUAGAAACAAGAAAACAAUAAGCAUCAAUCAAUUCUCAUCCAAAGAAAAUGAAUUACUUAAAUUUUCAUCAAUUAUUAAAAUCAUUAGACUAUUAAUCAACCAUAUACAACAACCAAAUAAAAUAACAACAAUUAGAGAUAUUUAUUAUCAAGAUGUAAAUCUAUUUGAACAUAAGCAGAUUAAUUGUAAGAAUUUAUUAACUUUGAUAAUUGAAGAAUCGUUACAAUGGUCAUUGGAGAAUGAUAUUGGAAUCUAUCCAUCUCCAAAAGGAUUAGUCUAUGGGGAUUGGUUUUUCCAGACUAAGAAUCAACCAACAUUAAUUCCAAUUAAUUUUCAAAAGGUACUAAUUACUGCUAACGAUAAAGACUCUGAUAGAAAGCUAUUGAUUGUAGUAUUAGAAAAGGAUGCUGUAUUUCAAUCAUUUGUUAAUUUUCUUGGUAAGUCUAAUAGUACAAUCUUAUCAAAUUUCUUAAUUAUAACGGGGAAGGGUUACCCUGACAAAUUAACUCAAAAAUUUCUUUUCUGGUUAAAACAACUGUUUAAGAAUACGGUUUCGGUUGGAUUUUUCGAUUCGGAUGUUUAUGGUAUUAAUAUCUAUAAACAAUAUCUUAAGUACGAUAAUCUGUUGAUUUAUGGUGGUGUAUACUUAAUUGAGACAGAUUUGGUAAAUUGGUUGCAAAUAAAUUUAAGAGAAAUUACAUUGAUUAUAAAUAUGUUGAAAAAGAACCUGGAUGGUGACAAACUGAGUGAAAUGUGGAGACGAGAGUUAACAAGAGGAUUGUUGUUGUUUAAUAAAUCAGAAAUGAAUGUUAUUGAGUUAUCAAAUAACAAUUCAAUUAAUGAUUAUUUGAUUGGUAAAAUUCAGUCCAUAGAGUAA